ACUAGCUUUGUUGAUCAAAGGUACAAAAAUACCGCGCGGUAGUGUCUAGAGUCAUAAUGAUUUAUUCGACCGUUUGUUAUGUAAGCAUGUAUUCAUAAAUAUUUCCACUGGCACAUUUUAUAUUUCUGUUUUAUACGGUAAUUGCGUUCGAGUGAAGAAUUGCCUCUUGACCAAAAUUAACCGAGUUCCAAGUCCCGCAAUUGAAAAAUUGUCCAAUUGCAUUUUGUUUCCUGUGGGUAUUGUACAAUUGAGGACACAAUAAGAAACCAGCAUUUGUUUUACCAACUCCAAGAUAAUGAGCUCAUAUUUUUCUUUGCGAAAAAUCUUUGUGCCAUGAUUUGGAUUUAGAAUACAUUUGUUAAGAGUAUUAUUAGGUGUAGGUAUUUAAUGUAAUUACAAAUUAAAGAUAUGAAAAACUUGACUUGAAAAUAAAUUCUAAUAUUACCAUUAUUAUAAGGCAUAUGUGUUUCGAAUAAGCACUGACACCCCUUCGUGAUCAUUCAAUAAGAAAUUGAUUUAAAAUUUUAAAUGAUUUUAGGAAUUGGUUGGUGGACUCAAUAUUAUGUAUCGAUUGGCUUCGAGUGCUAUUUUUGAACUAAAUGUAGAUAGAUAAAAUAUUCUUCAUUGCACACCACAUAAGUACAGGAUUUUAUACAAAUGAAUAGUUACAAGGUGCCACAAUGGGUGGUCUUAUCGCCAAAAGCGUUCUUUUACAGACAACCUUUGGAUAGACUAGAUUCUGAAAAAGCAAUAUUUGUCAUGGGUUUCAAGACAUUAUCUCUAAAAAAAUUGCUAUGCUCAGCAACAAAAGCUUCUGUAAACAACAGUAAGUGGAAACAAGUGUAGUCAUCUCAUCACAGCUCAUUUAGUAGUCUCGGGAAUGCCGGGAAUAGCGUCCAUCGUAAACAAAAUUAAAUUACAUACUUACAGCGUGGACGGAGCAGUGCGGUGUUGUUCUAAAUCAAGGUGUGAAGUUGAAACGUGACCACAAGUGUACAAUGAAAAUUGUACCCAUUAAAGCGACCCUCAGGAUCUCAAUUGGAUCAGUAGAAAUACUGUUAUGAAUUCCCGCGUGCAUAAAAGCCAUGUUUAACUAUUUACGGCACUAGUUUGCUGCAGUGUUGGCUUUGUGAUGUUUCGACUCACUGUCCUACUAUGGCUAUUUUUUGUGGGCACUUCCAAGUCAGCGCCAACGGAUGAAUUUGGUAGUUUUGUGAACGAUGGAGAAAUAUCUAUUAACGACGAUGGUCCGCUCAUGGGCAUCGUUCCCGGAAGUUACUCAACGCAAGGAUCACAGAGAAAUGGGAAUCUUCACUAUGAAUAUCUAGAGUAUAACGAAUAUUACAAAAUAUUCAGUAGCUACAUGAGAAAAGGAACUACUAUGAGAGGCCUUACUUUUAACAUUUACAACGAAGAUAUGAAAGAAGCAGCAAGCAGUUUGUUUGAAUUAAUCCAUGGUGCCGAGAUAGCUGGCUAUAAUGGCGACAAACUGUUCAACUUUGAUGAAUUGAAUGAAGACCUUGUUAACUAUGUAUUCCAGCUCAACAUGCUAUUCAGAGACAAACGUCUCGGACAUGCAUCAUUCGUACCACCGUUCAUAACAAAACCAAACUUUUUUGUCAACGGUGAAACGAUAAUGAAAGCUUUAAAACUCAGUCAUUCCGUUAAUUACCAUAUAAACAAUACUGACGAAGCGCGCGUCGAUCAGUACUAUAAAAUACAUGAUACUAUUGUCAUCAACAGUAACUACUCAGGUUGGAAUCUACCUAAAAAUGGCGGCGAAGAAGAACUCACAUACUUCAGAGAGGAUAUUUCCUUAAACAGUUAUUACUACGGAGUCCACUUGAUGCAUCCGUACUGGAUGUUCCGUCAUAAGUUAUACACAAUGACAGCUAGACAUGACGAACAUUACUACUUCAUACACCAACAACUCGUAGCGCGACACAUCUUAGAAAAGGAGCAUUUAAGACAAGCUACUAACAUCACUAAAGCUCCUGAAUAUGAUAACUUUAAUCCAUACCUCAUUCAUGAGAAUGGAUUACCUUUCCCUUGUAGAUCGAGUACUAUAGGUACUUGGAGUGAUGAUAGAGCUAAAAUUAAAGGAAUAGACAUUGCUAUUAGAGAAUGUAUGUCUCGGGGUCUGAUUGUGAUGGAAAACACGGAUCCUUUAGCAAUGACGGAAGACAACUACGUUCAUUUAUUGACGAAAUUAAUUCGUGCUAACUUUGAAAUGGGCAGGGUUGCUAAAAUUGUAAGAGCGCUAUUUGGGUAUGGCGGCAAUGGCUAUCCGUACGAUGAAUACAAUCCGGCUCCAUCUCUAUUGCACCAUCCUGAAACGUCAUUGAGAGAUCCGAUAUAUUGGUAUAUGAUCCAAUAUGUUCUAAACUACUUUACUGAGUACAAAGAGUCCAUUGACCCUCUCUAUUUACGCCAGUACGUUGCCGGUAAUUUUGAAAUCAUUAAUGUUGAAAUUCCCAAAAUAACAACGUACUUCGACUACUAUCAGUUCAAUAUAAACCGGGCUGUGAGUAAAAAGGACUUGUCACACUCACAAACUCCUAUGACCAUAACAGCGCGACAAAAGAGAUUGAAGCAUUCCAAGUUUGAGUUCAACAUUACAAUAGGAUCUGUAAGUGCUACUGAUGGCGUUAUCAGGUUGUUCCUAGGACCACCAUGUUCAGACAACUGUUGGGAUGAUUACACAAAGUAUUUUGAAUUAGAUAAGUUUGUUUUUCAUUUUAAAGAAGGCAUCAACACAAUAACUUGGUCGCCCGAUACAUCAAAUAGAUUUUCAAAUGAUGAAUAUUACAAUAUGGAAGGGUUCCCAUCGACGAAAGACAAAAUAAAUAAAUACAAUAUGUUUAAGUUUCCAGAAAACCUUUUGAUACCAAGAGGGUUGGAGAAGGGUUUGAAUCUGACAUUGUUUGUCAUGGUAACUGUGGGAGAUGAACUGGACGAGGAUUUGAUUUCCCCGAAUAAUUACUAUGGUGAUAUUUAUCAAAACGUUGAUAAGAAACCGUUGGGCUUUCCUUUUAACAGACCUGUCGUGGCAUUUGAUGAUGAUGCUCCGAAUUAUAAAUUUUACAAUAUAACAAUAUAUCAUAAGCGUAACCAUCUUCCAAAGAAUGGAUAUUUUUCACCUAUUUUGCAAUAAA